GCAGCCACACCCACAAAGCCCCAGAUAUUUCCAAAACCUUGCCACGUGUCACCACCUACCCCUCAUUCUCUCUCUCCCUAAACCCUUCGCAACAUUUAUCUUCUUUUUCAGCCCUCAACCCUGUUCAACCCGUCUCCAAUUCGCUCGAAACUCUUACUCUAACUCAACAAAACCCUUCUCUUUGACACCCAGAGGCAAAAAAUCAUGGCUUGUUCAUCCGCAGCUCAGAUCCACUUUCUGGGUAAUCUGUCUUACGGUUCAAGAGCGAAACGAAACGUUGAGUACAAGUCUUCGGGAGCUAGGACUGUGUUUCUGGGUCAAAGGGUUGGGAGAACGGGUUUGGGGUUUCAAAACGCCGCGUUUUUGAAGGUGAAUAAUAAGAGUAGAAGGGGGGUUAAUGUGGGGCCCGUGAAGGUUGUGAAUGAGAAGGUGGUGGGAAUUGAUUUGGGGACGACGAACUCGGCCGUGGCGGCGAUGGAGGGAGGGAAGCCGACGAUAGUGACGAAUGCGGAGGGGCAGAGGACGACGCCGUCGGUGGUGGCGUACACGAAGAAUGGGGAUAGGUUGGUGGGGCAAAUUGCCAAGCGCCAGGCGGUCGUGAACCCCGAGAAUACGUUCUUUUCGGUGAAGAGGUUUAUUGGGAGGAAGAUGUCGGAGGUGGAUGAGGAGUCGAAGCAGGUGAGUUAUAAGGUGGUCAGAGAUGAGAAUGGGAAUGUGAAGUUGGAUUGUCCGGCUAUUGGGAAGCAGUUUGCUGCUGAGGAGAUUUCAGCUCAGGUUUUGAGGAAGCUUGUAGAUGAUGCAUCAAAGUUUUUGAAUGACAAAGUAGCUAAAGCUGUGGUAACUGUGCCUGCAUACUUCAAUGAUUCCCAGAGAACAGCAACCAAAGAUGCUGGUCGCAUUGCAGGCUUAGAAGUUCUUCGUAUCAUCAAUGAGCCUACUGCUGCUUCUUUGGCAUACGGAUUUGAGAAGAAAAACAAUGAGACCAUCUUAGUUUUUGACCUUGGUGGUGGUACCUUUGAUGUUUCAGUACUUGAGGUUGGUGAUGGAGUGUUUGAAGUACUCUCUACUUCAGGAGAUACACAUUUGGGUGGUGAUGACUUUGACAAGAGGAUUGUUGAUUGGCUUGCUGCUGACUUCAAGAGAGAUGAAGGCAUUGAUCUUUUGAAAGACAAACAAGCUCUUCAGAGGCUAACAGAAACUGCGGAGAAAGCGAAGAUGGAGCUGUCAUCCUUGACUCAGACAAACAUCAGCUUGCCUUUUAUUACGGCAACUGCAGAUGGACCUAAACACAUUGAGACCACCCUCACCAGGGCCAAGUUUGAGGAAUUGUGUUCAGAUCUGCUUGACAGGCUCAAGAGACCAGUUGAAACUGCUUUGAAGGAUGCAAAACUUUCAUUCAAAGAUUUAGAUGAGGUGAUCCUUGUUGGUGGAUCAACACGUAUCCCAGCUGUUCAGGGGCUUGUAAAGAAGAUGACAGGAAAGGAUCCCAAUGUUACUGUGAACCCUGAUGAAGUUGUUGCCUUGGGGGCUGCAGUUCAGGCUGGUGUUCUAUCUGGGGAUGUAAGCGACAUUGUGCUUUUGGAUGUGACACCACUGUCUCUUGGUUUGGAGACGCUUGGUGGUGUUAUGACAAAGAUCAUACCAAGAAACACUACUCUUCCUACUUCCAAAUCAGAAGUGUUCUCAACUGCUGCAGAUGGACAAACCAGUGUUGAGAUUAAUGUGCUUCAAGGUGAAAGAGAGUUUGUUAGGGACAAUAAAUCUCUUGGCAGCUUCCGUCUAGAUGGCAUCCCACCAGCACCUCGUGGGGUUCCCCAAAUUGAAGUCAAAUUUGAUAUUGAUGCCAAUGGUAUUCUCUCUGUCGCUGCUGUUGACAAAGGUACUGGAAAGAAGCAAGACAUCACUAUUACAGGUGCUAGCACCUUGCCGAGUGAUGAGGUUGAGAGAAUGGUUAGCGAAGCUGAGAGGUUUGCCGCAGAGGAUAAGGAGAAGAGAGACGCCAUAGACACAAAGAAUCAGGCAGAUUCCGUUAUCUACCAGACAGAGAAACAGCUAAAGGAGCUUGGAGACAAGGUUCCCGGCCCUGUCAAAGAGAAGGUUGAGGCAAAAUUGCAAGAGCUAAAGGAUGCAGUUGCAGGCGGCGCUACCCAAGGAAUAAAAGAUGCCAUGGCUGCACUUAAUCAAGAAGUCAUGCAAAUUGGCCAGUCCCUCUACAAUCAACCAGGUGCAGGAGGAGCUCCUCCUGGGGCUGGACCUGCUCCUGGGGCUGAAGCCGGUAGUUCAGAUUCAUCAAACAAGGGACCUGACGGUGAUGUGAUUGAUGCCGAUUUCACUGACAGCAAGUGAGAAAAUUAGCCACUCUAAUUGGAAAUGUGUAUAAGAAAAUGUUUUGCAGUGAUGUCAUUUUUGUUGCAUGGGGAACGGAUUUGGAAUUUGUUUCUAGGAAUAUAUAGAGGAUGAAACGCUGAAUAGGUACCCAUGGUAGUAUAAUUGGGCACAUGAAAUGCUCUUGCUGUUUGUUUAGAUUCAUAAUGGUAAUAAUGGAUUCUUCAUGAAAA